AACAGCCGUCAGGAGAUCGUCGUCGUACUGCAUCAUUAUGAGAAUGCCACUGCGACGUGUCUUGUUCUCACUGGGAUUACUCGUCCUGUUGGUCGGCAUAUCUGCUGCCGCUCCCGUUCCACAAGAGGAGCAAGAGCUGGAGGAAAGUGAGGAAACUCGUGCUGUCCGCUCCGUCGAGCUGCAAGAGCCGCCACUCACCAGCGCGUUGGGACCGUCCCCACUGGAGAACGCGGCAGAGGUAGCUGCUGAAGAUUCCGGCGUUGCCAGCCGUCAGAAGAGAACCUUGAAGAAGGGCAAGGGUGGCGGAGGCUACGGUCGCCGCGGCGGCGGCUAUGGUAAAGGCUGUGGACACUGUGGGCGCAAGAAAUGAGUUUGAUGCUACGUGCGCCAGCGCCUAAGCCAGGCGCCUAUUCAUAAGAAUCACACUAUCUGAGGCUUCACUUCGCAUCUUUCUUCCACGGACUUCAUAUGUAAUCAACAUACCACUGUUUGCUUUUGAAAUAAAAUAUAAU